CAAUUGUUUUAAAAACAAACCCCUAGACCAGUCUCGUUGGGAAGUCUCCUGGAUCAAAAAGUCAAAAUCGCAGACCACCUUGCGACACACUCGUUUCUUCGCGAUUUCACCCUCUAUUUCUGCUACAACUCUUACGGUUGGCCAUCUGGGUCACCAGCCUUCUUCGCCUGAUCCCUGUUUCUUUCAAAUCAAUCGGUGAAAGUUUGCACCUUUUACUUCUGGAUCGUAAACCGAGAUUAAUUGCCUCGUUGUUGUAUCUCUGACGUGUGCCACUGCAAGUUCUUAAUGAGAGUCAGUUGUUGGAUACAGAUUUAAUCAUUUGUGUUACCUGAGAAUCGACAAUGGCAGAACUCAGUCCCAGUGUUGAUACUUCAACGGAUGGGGAUACCGAAGACAAAGCUUUGGGGUUUCAUAGCGGUCAAUCACAUGGGCUUGUGGUCUCUGAUGCCAGUGAUAAGUCAAGGGAUCAAAAGACACUUCGUAGGCUUGCUCAGAAUCGUGAAGCUGCAAGAAAGAGCCGUCUGCGGAAGAAAGCUUAUGUCCAACAGCUGGAAAGUAGUAGAAUGAAGCUGACCCAACUUGAGCAGGAGCUUCAGCGCGCUCGGCAGCAAGGCAUCUUCAUUUCAAGUUCAGGGGAACAAUCUCAAUCAAUGAGUGGAAAUGGAGCGUUGGCUUUUGAUGUUGAAUAUGGACGGUGGCUGGACGAACACAACCGCCGAAUCAAUGAGCUGAAAGGGGCAGUUAGUAAUCAUGCGGGUGAUGGUGAACUGAGGAUCAUAGUUGAUGGUGUUGUUGCACAUUAUGAAGAUAUUUUCAGAAUAAAAAGCGAUGCUGCUAAGGCUGACGUCUUUCAUGUUCUCUCGGGAAUGUGGAAAACACCCGCCGAAAGGUGUUUUCUCUGGUUAGGUGGAUUCCGUUCAUCAGAACUCUUAAAGCUGCUUAUAACACAAUUGGAACCUUUAACCGAGCAGCAGUUGUUGGCGAUUGGCAACCUACAGCAGUCAUCACAGCAGGCGGAGGACGCGUUGUCACAAGGGAUGGAAGCAUUGCAGCAGUCACUAGCGGAGACCAUAGCAGGGUCUCUUGGUUCCUCAAAUUCAUCCGGCAAUGUAGCCAACUACAUGGGUCAGAUGGCUAUGGCUAUGGGUAAACUCGGAACCCUAGAGGGCUUCAUUCGACAGGCGGACAAUUUGAGGCAACAAACCUUCCAACAAAUGCAUAGGAUAUUGACAACACGCCAGUCAGCUCGAGCACUCAUUGCCAUUCAUGACUAUUCCUCUCGGCUUCGAGCUCUGAGCUCCUUAUGGCUUGCACGCCCUCGUGAGUGACUCACCAAAUCCUUUUGUCGUUGUAUACAUUAAAAAGAAGAUAACUUGGUGUACAAGAAAGCGGGGCCCAAGCAUCUAUCUAUAACAAAUUCAUUCCUGGUAUUUUCUUCUUCAAAUCUGCUGUGAUGGUGUUGACUUUUUCUUUAGUCUUUUAUGAAUCAUAUUUCAACUCAUCAUAAAUUACAAUAAUAAAUAAUUUGGUGUCAGCUUUGAAAUUGGUUUGUAUUUGGUACUAGUAGUAGUAUGUUGUGGAAAUAGACAGUUAUUGUUAAUAGCAAGUUUGUGGUUACAUGUUUCA